AUGGCUGCACUGCGGGUACCACCUGACGACGUCGAUUGUGGCGCCGCCGCUGCUGAGCCUGCCGUUCGCGUUCGCGGCGCUGGGGUGGUCGGCGGGGAUGGUGUGCCUCGUCGUCGGCGCCGCCGUCACCUUCUACUCCUACAACCUCCUCUCCCGCGUCCUCGAGCACCACGCGCAGCAGGGCCGCCGCCAGCUCCGCUUCAGGGACAUGGCCGCCGACAUACUAGGCCCGGGUGGGCGCGCUACUACAUCGGGCCGAUCCAGUUCAUGGUGUGCUUCGGCGCCGUGGUCGCGUCCACGCUGCUCGCCGGCCAGAGCAUGAAGGCCAUCUACCUCAUCGCCAGCCCCGGCGGCGCCAUCAAGCUCUACGUCUUCGUGGCCAUCUUCGGCGUCUUCCUGGUGAUCCUCGCGCAGCUGCCGUCCUUCCACUCCCUCCGCCACGUCAACCUCGUCUCCCUGCUGCUCUGCCUCUCCUACAGCCUCUGCGCCGUCGCCGGCUGCGUCUACCUCGGCACCUCCGACCGGGCGCCCCCCAAGGACUACUCCAUCGUCGGCGACACCCACGCCCGUGUCUACGGCGUCUUCAACGCCCUCGCCGUCAUCGCCACCACCUACGGCAACGGCAUCAUCCCCGAGAUACAGGCGACGGUGGCGGCGCCGGUGACGGGGAAGAUGUUCAAGGGCCUGUGCCUGUGCUACGCGGUGGUGGUGACCACCUUCUUCAGCGUGGCCACGGCGGGGUACUGGGCGUUCGGCAACGCGGCGCAGGGCCUGCUGCUCAACAACUUCAUGGUGGACGGCAGGCCCGUCAUCCCGGUGUGGCUGCUGCUCAUGGCGGAGCUCUUCACGCUGGUGCAGCUGUCGGCGACGGCCACCGUGUACCUGCAGCCGACCAACGAGGUCCUGGAGGGCCUCCUGUCGGACCCCAAGGCCGGGCAGUACGCGGCGCGGAACGUGGUGCCGCGCCUCGUGUCCCGGACCUUGGCCGUCGCCUUCGGCACCACCAUCGCCGCCAUGAUACCCUUCUUCGGCGACAUGAAUGCGCUCAUCGGGGCCUUCGGCUUCAUGCCGCUCGACUUCGCCGUGCCGGCGCUCUUCUACAACCUCACCUUCAAGCCCUCCAAGAAGGGCUUCGUGUUCUGGCUCAACACCGCCAUCGCCGUCGUGUUCUCCGCCGUCGCCAUCGUCGCGUCCGUGGCCGCCGUCAGGCAGAUCGUGCUCGACGCCGGCACGUACAAGCUCUUCGCUAACGUGUGA